AGACUGACUUUUCUUUUUUGAAGAAUUAUUUUCCCUCUCCCCCUCCCAACAGCUACCCUUCCCCCCUUAGGUCCCCUCCCUUGUUGUGUGUGUGUGUGUGUGUGCGCCCGCGUGUGUUUCCUGAAAGGCGGGCGAGGUGGGUUCAAUAUCUGUUCUCCCUAGUGAGAGGAAUACAGCCUCUAGAGAAAACUUCUCCAUGCAGAUGAGGUUUUCUCAACUACAGGGGAAGCAGGAUCCAACUUCCCCUUGUAGGUAAAAAGACUUAGUGCCUCCGAUAUAUCUUUUUUUUUCCAACCAAGUGUAUAAUAAUUUUUAAAGAUACCUCGGCCCUUUCUUUACCUCCACUCCUCAUUCCAUUCUACUCAAAGUUGGUGGGAAAUGCUGGGCUGCUAGACUCAGACUUGUUGAUGGGAACAGAACAAUUAUUUUUUUUUCCGAAUUUAUAUUUCCCGGCACAAGCACAAAUGCUCAGCACCGGGAAAUCAUCCCGGAUACCCAAGCCGACUUUUGAGCAAGCACAGCCCAUGGAAAGGGCAGUCCCGCCGGCCAGCCCCAAGCGAGAAUCUAGUUGGUGAGAAGACCAGAAAACCAGAAAGUCGAGGAGCGGCGGACGCUGACCCUGCCUUCCUCCAGCCCGUGCAGUCAGCGCUGGCGUCAGGGCAAAAAAUAUAUUCAUUUUCAUUUUCCUCUCGCUGGGGCACGGUGAGUUUCCUAACCGGGCCGCCUAUGAAAGGAUGAGUUGAGGUUUCUUUGUUUGGUAAAAGAGUUUAGGGCUUUGAUUCAGCUGCAAAGAAGCCAAAUGAAGUUAGAAACAAAGGGUAAAUUGAAGGAUUCCGACUCUUGGCUUUUUGUGUUUUCCUUACUAGAAAAUAAUUAGACCUAAUGAAUAUGCAGACGCUUCAGCUAAACCCUCGGCCAGGACUGCUGGGUUUUAAACAGAGCUGCGGAGAAAUGCAACCUUCAUCCCCACAACCCCCCGCAUCCGCGUGCAUUUUUUGAAAUGCAUAAAUGUUGCUCGGCUUAAUUGAUUGAGUCACAGGGAUUUUUUUUUCCUGCUUUUAAGUACCAUACUCCCCUACCUUUCAACAAUCAUUUUAAUAUAUAGUCAAUGGCUCUUUGUGGAAGGGACAAAAAGAAACUACGCGCAGUUGUUGAAUAGACUUUGCGCUAGGCAAAGACAGGUUAAUCGAGGGCCGCAUCGCGAAAACAAGCGAGUGUUGUAUGUUUGCACUGAAUCCAAAUGUCUGCAUUUUCCUAACUAAAUCAAAGGGAGUGUUAUUUCUUUUUCUGCUCACUCAUCUGAAGGUAAGUAAAUUUUCUCUGGCGAUCAAAAGCCUGGUCGGCAACAAAGACCGCGCCCGCUUUUUCCACCGUCCUGGUGUGGCGAGUUGCGGAAUUUCAAUAACUGUGACAAGGGUGACUGAUUUGUGAACUAGAAAAGGUUUGAAUGUCACAAAAUUUACAUUGGUCCUAUCUAUUGGGGAUUUAAAUACCAAAAAAGUAUUCGGGGAUCUCUAGGGAGCUUUGGGCAGCCCAAGGGAACAAUGGCGCAUUGGGAAAUUUACCGUUUUACCUGAAUGAAAGGGGCCCAAGUAGGGAACAGGAGUGAGGAGAGACAGGGUUAGCGGGGGCAGUCGAAGGAGACAACGGAAAGGCAGAAAACGGAAAAAUAACGCAAGAGAGGGAAAAAGUAAAGGAAACUGGCAACAACAUUUCAAAUUUGCCAUUAAAAAAUUCAAACCUCAAUAACCUGGGAACUUAAGCGCUUUCAUCCACCUGUGUGUGUGAGUGUGUGUGUGUGUGUGUGUUUUCGGGGAGGGGGGGUGCGGUGGUGCAGGAAGUCUGAUUAGAUAAAAGCGAGAAAUACAGAGGCUACCGGUUACACUGAGAAAUUACAUUUUUUGUAAAGAGAGCAUAGUGCCCGUGUGCUCCCAAGAUCUUAAAUUAUGAACAGGAGGGGGACAAAGCAAGAGGGAAACAAACUUCAAAAGGAGCAAAUAACAAAAGCCUCUUUUGCUGCCCUUGAAGGGAGGGGGGAAGGGGGAAGAAAGAAAAGAAAGUUGCUGAAUCGGGACAUUCAGGAAGUGCCUUUGCUGUGUUUACCAGCCCCAUCCCCGCCUGCUGCACCCGGAGACGUCCGAAGUCUCUAAUCGCUCAGCGAAGAGUUGGUUUCGGGAAGGGCAGCGCCGGGGUGCGGGAGGGCAAGGGAGGAAGAGGAAUGCAUAUGACUGUGAGAAGGAAAAGUAAUCGUGGCAAAAAAAAAAAAAAAAAAAAAAGAAAAGAAAGAAAAGAAAAAAGAAAAAAAAUUUCCGUGAGAAGAGGGAAAAAAUUUGGCUAAAAAAAAAGUUGCUACUCCUGGCAGCCCUGGUUUGUCAAAAGGGGAUGUCAAGCGCUUUACAAUACCUGGGAUUGAUGAGGCGGGCGGGCCAAUGAGCUGCGCGCGGCGCCUCGGCGCGCCCUCCGUUGGCGCGGCGGCUGCGGGCGGGGGGAAUGCGGACGCACCAAUGGGCGCCAGCGUCGGCAGCACGUGACACCUCCCCCCUGCUCCCAUUCAUCAAGGGGGGGGACGGUGUCGUCCUUUCAAUUCAUUUAUCUGCAGGAAUGAUUGCUGCUAUCAGUCUCGCGCUCACCGCCCGGCUGAGGAGGUGAAAGUUUCUCCCCAGGAAGAUAAACCGCAAAAGACAAUAUUGUGCAUGAUUUGCGCCUUUUCUUUGGCUUUUUCUUUCUUUCUUCUCCCCCCACCCACUUUUUUUUUUUUUUUUUUUUUUUUUUUUGCAAAAAGCAGAGAGGGAAAAACGGAGAGUGAAGGAGCGAGGAGGCGAGCGUGAGAGAAAGGAGAGAGAGAGAAAAGAAAGGGCGAGGGGCUAGUGGAGAAGUGAGGAGGGGCGCGCUGCGCGAGGCGGAGAGAGGGCGAAGCAGUCGCGGCUCUGGCGCUCACAUUCCUCUAUGCUACAAAUCCAGGAGGAAGUUUUUUUGGGGGGCUGAGAUGCUCCAUGCCUUUCCCCGGGCAGCCUUGACGCGCGGCCCUCUCGGCAGAGACUGAGCGGCGAGAAAGUGCGAGCCGGGCCGGCAGAAUCUGCCUGGCGGGCGCUGGAGCCUGCCUUACUCGCGGCCCGCAGCCGUCCGGCUACUUUGCGUUUGGCCCGGCCAGCGCCCGGGCGCGCCGCGCCAUUGCCUGCAGGCUAGGACUUCGCGAGGUGGGUCGACUCCCCCUCCCUCCUCCUCUUCUUCCUCCUCUUCCUCCUCCUCUUGUUCCUCCUCCUCCUCCUCCCGAUUUUCCCUCCUCGGCUGGCGAGGGUGGGGGGGGCGGGGGAGGCCGGGGCUCGCCCCGAGCAGCCACGAUGCUCCUGGACGCCGGCCCCCAGUACCCAGCGAUCGGCGUGACCACCUUUGGCGCGUCCCGCCACCACUCCGCGGGCGACGUGGCCGAACGAGACGUGGGCCUGGGCAUCAACCCGUUCGCCGACGGCAUGGGCGCCUUCAAGCUCAACCCCAGUUCGCACGAGCUGGCUUCGGCCGGCCAGACGGCCUUCACGUCGCAGGCGCCAGGCUACGCGGCUGCUGCGGCCCUGAGCCAUCACCAUCACCCGGGCCACGUCGGCUCCUAUUCCAGCGCAGCCUUCAACUCCACGCGGGACUUUCUGUUCCGCAACCGGGGUUUUGGCGACGCGGCGGCGGCAGCCAGCGCACAGCACAGCCUCUUUGCUGCAUCGGCCGGGGGCUUCGGGGGCCCACACGGCCACACGGACGCCGCGGGCCACCUCCUCUUCCCCGGGCUUCACGAGCAGGCUGCCGGCCACGCGUCGCCUAACGUGGUCAACGGGCAGAUGAGGCUCGGCUUCUCGGGGGACAUGUACCCGCGACCGGAGCAGUACGGCCAGGUGACCAGCCCGCGUUCGGAGCACUAUGCUGCGCCGCAGCUGCACGGCUACGGGCCCAUGAACGUGAACAUGGCUGCGCAUCACGGCGCCGGCGCCUUCUUCCGCUACAUGCGCCAACCCAUCAAGCAAGAGCUCAUCUGCAAGUGGAUCGAGCCCGAGCAGCUGGCCAACCCCAAAAAGUCGUGCAACAAAACUUUCAGCACCAUGCACGAGCUAGUUACGCACGUCACCGUGGAGCACGUAGGUGGCCCGGAGCAGAGUAAUCACAUCUGCUUCUGGGAGGAGUGUCCGCGCGAGGGCAAGCCCUUCAAAGCCAAAUACAAACUGGUUAACCACAUCCGCGUGCACACGGGCGAGAAGCCCUUUCCCUGCCCCUUCCCUGGCUGUGGCAAGGUCUUCGCGCGCUCCGAGAAUUUAAAGAUCCACAAAAGGACGCACACAGGGGAGAAGCCCUUCAAGUGCGAGUUUGAGGGCUGUGACCGGCGCUUCGCUAACAGCAGCGACCGCAAGAAGCACAUGCACGUGCACACGAGCGACAAGCCCUAUCUUUGCAAGAUGUGCGACAAGUCCUACACGCAUCCCAGUUCGCUGCGCAAACACAUGAAGGUCCACGAAUCCUCCUCGCAGGGCUCGCAGCCUUCGCCGGCCGCCAGCUCUGGCUACGAAUCCUCCACGCCUCCCACCAUCGUGUCUCCCUCCACAGACAACCCGACCACAAGCUCCUUAUCGCCCUCCUCCUCCGCAGUCCACCACACAGCCGGCCACAGCGCGCUGUCUUCCAAUUUUAACGAAUGGUACGUUUAAAAUCAGAAACAAAACAUCGAACAAAACCCUAUUUAAGAGACUGAUCACACACGUAUACACAACAUUACUGAAAGAACCCUGCGAAUCAAAACAACCCCCCACACAGACCCCGCAAUCCUUUUUUAAAAAAUCUGCCAAUAGACCCAGGACGAGUAAGAGAGGAAGCAUCAACCUUUUAAAAAUUUCCUUUCGCUUUCAUUAUUUUUCUUUUUUUGGCAAAGGCUUGGUACCCAAGGUGCGGUAGGGGGUCGAGGGGGAGGAGGCCACCUGACCAAAUGCCGCCAACCCCGAGGGCCAGUUUCUUGUCGGAUUGGUACGGGCUCUCUGGGGCUUCGGCUUCUUUUUUUCUUUGUUUUCUUGUAAAUACAGAAUUAUUAGCUUAAAACUGUACUGUUGAAUUCUGUAAAUAGUUAUAUCUCGGUUGGAGCGGGUGGGUGGGAUUGUGGCGUUGUGGUCUUUGCAUUGGGGGAGGGGGGAGGGACCGGAUGGGCGGGGGGAGGGGGAGGGGUGGGCGGCCGAAAGCCAACUGUUUGUACUGAAUGGCAAGAAUGUUCUAGUAAAUGUGUACCAAAAUGUGAAUUACUUUGUACGAUUACAGUCUCCACGUCGACCUAACCCAAUAUUAUUGGUAUUAAUGUGCUUUUUUUGUAUAAAGUGCAAACAUUUCGUCCCAAAGUCUAAGUACUUUAGUGCAGUAAAAUGUUGUUUCACGUCCUGUCAAGAAUUCGUAUAGUACGAGCCUGGAUCUACGUGUCAAACUGUUCCAUUUGUUUAUGUAAAGUGAUAUUAAAAAAGAUAUAAACUAUAACUGUCCGUUACUUUUGGCAAAAGAUACAACCACAUAAUGUAUAUAAUUCCUAGUUUCCAUAUUUAUCCGCAUGUAAAGGGCCAGUUUAUCCAUGUUACAGCUCUUCAAUAUUUAUGGCUAGAAGAACUCGUAUGUACACUUUAGUUUCCAGAACUGUUUGGUAACCUUUCGUACCUUAUUAAAGAUUCUUAAAUCUCA